GCGGGCGUGAAAGCACGCAUGUCAACGAUGCAUGAAUAAACUUAAAAUACGCGCGUAAACAUUAAAGUGGUCUAGUGAUGGGAAUGCAGUACUGUUAUAUCGAACUCAUACUAAUCACAGUUCGAAAUGUAUAUUAACAUAUUCGCAGUUGGGAUAGGUGGUCGAGUCUAAAGGGCGCUGAAUUAUUCAUCGGCAUAUUUAGACCGUGCCCAUUACAGGCAUACUACGCGUCGCGAUUGACACAAAGCCGUGGGCAGAAAUGGGUCGGGGUGUUUGGGAACUGGUUUUAAAUAAACAAAUAGGCUUCCCAGCUUAGUUGUUUACUUACUAGUGUAUGUCACGAUUUAAGGGAGAAAAAAUACUUAGAUGUUUAGCGAUUGAUAAGUAAACCCCUCUACCCCUAAAAGUGAUAUCUAUAACAGUGAUAAUGUAAUAUGAAUUAUAAAUGUGACGAUGUGGGGUGUAAGUGGUGAGACGAUGGAGGCUGUACUGCGUGGCUGUGUUCUGGUUGUGAUGGCGGCAGGCUUCGUCAGCGGCACCGGGGAAUGGAGCGAGGAUGCUGAGGAUCUAGUGUCGACAGUGGAAGUGGACGCGGUAUUGGGCCGGACGGCGUCGCUGCCGUGUGACGUCACGCCGGACACUAACGAGGACCGCGUAUACAUGGUGCUCUGGUUUAGGAAGAGCGGCGGAAAACCUAUAUACAGUUUCGACGUCCGGGGAAGAUCGUUCAACAAAGCGUUACAAUGGUCAGACCCGGGCGCGUUUGGUCCGCGCGCGUACUUCGCGACGGUGGCCCGUCCCGCCUCGCUCACCCUCAGCUCGGUGCAGCUGGACGACGAGGGCACGUACCGAUGCCGUGUCGACUUCAAGAACUCCCCCACGAGGAACUUCCAGAUUCGACUCAUUGUUAUAGUGCCUCCUCAUCAGAUGCUUUUGUACGACAAGUCAGGGGCCGACGUGUCCGGUGUGGUGGGACCUUUAGAAGAGGGAUCAGCUUUGAUAUUAAUCUGCGAAGUCCGAGGUGGUCGCCCAGAACCAGUGGUAACAUGGCUAAUAGACGGUCUAUCAGCCACGCAGUACAUCGGUGAGAAGACCGACACCCACGUGGUCGUCAACCGAUUGGAGUUGCAACACGUGAGGAGGGAGGACCUCAACAAGACCUUCAAAUGCAGAGCCGCCAACACCAACCUUGUACCGCCUCAGGAGAAAGCUGUGAGACUUGAAAUGAAUCUGGCACCUCUGUCAAUAUCGCUGGUGAGUCGACCGCAGCAACUGCUAGCUGGCUCAGCGGCGACGCUGCGGUGCAUCGCUGAAGGCAGCCGGCCUCCAGCGCAGAUAUCCUGGUACAAAGACAAUAGAAGCUUCGAGAAAGACAAAGUAACUGACCACUCAAACGAGACCUGGUCAGUCAGUACCCUGGUCUUCAGUCCAUCGCCGGAAGACCACGGCGUGACUGUCAAGUGCGUGGCAUCCAACACCGCUCUCCCCGGGAAAGUGAUCGACGAUCAGCUCAAGCUGAAUGUAGUAUACAGUCCGUUGGUGAUGCUGACCCUCGGCAGCACGCUUAACCCCCACGACAUCAAGGAGGGCGACGACGUGUACUUCGAGUGCAGCGUGCGUGCCAACCCGCGGGAACACAGGAUCUCUUGGUACCACAAUGACAGAGCCGUGACGCAGAACAUGACGUCGGGUAUAAUCGUCAGCACGAGGUCACUAGUGAUGCAAGGUGUGACGCGCCAAGAAGCGGGCCGGUACGCGUGUCGCGCUGCGAACGCGCGGGGUGAAACGUCAAGUGACAGCGUCACUUUACGGGUGCAAUACGCGCCGGUAUGCGGCAUGACGUCACCGCAGGUGGUCGGCGCGGCGCUAGACGAGUCGCUGCAUGUUCGCUGCUCCGUGCACGCGGAUCCUGGUGACGUCACGUUCCUUUGGCAGUUCAACAACAGCGGCGAGAGUUUCGACGUUUCUCCAGCCAGAUACGCUACACUAAACGGCAGUACGAGCGAGCUGCGGUACACGCCGGCCAGCGAGAGAGACUACGGCGCGCUCACCUGUCGAGGAACUAACACCGUCGGCCAGCAAUCGCAUCCCUGUAUCUUUCAGAUCGUGCCGGCAGCUCGCCCUUCUCCACCGCGCAACUGCACAGUUUUCACCGGCAACGAUUCCUCCUGGAUUGAUGACUCAGCAAAGGAAGAGGUCAAUGACUACCUGGAGGUCCGCUGUGUGGCUGGAUACGACGGAGGUCUACCGCAAUUGGUGGUCCUAGAAGCUUUGGACUCUAUUACUGGGAGGAUAAGGUUCAAUGUCACUGCGAAUGAGACAAAUGGGCUAGCAGUGUUCCUCGUGCCAGCCGACGUGUUAUGGACGGGUGGAGGUGCUCUUCGCUUGAGCGUGUACUCCAGGAACGACAAGGGUUCUUCGGAGAAGAUCGUCAUCCAGGCACUCUCUUACCAGGACCCUGAAAGAAGAACAGAUGGGAGCCAUAACCUGAUGGCGGGCAUGUCGAGUGCAGCGUUCUGGGCGAUCGUGUUGACAAUUUCUCUUUGUAUGAGCAUAGCUUUGAUGACGGCGCUAGUUUUGAGAAGAAGGAGAACCCGAUCAACAAGCAAACAGCACGCGUCCGAGCUGCAGUUGAACGCGGGCGACGGACAGUACGUCGUUGCCUACACGCUCAAGCCGCACAAGCAAGCGCAGCCGGACAUUGUACUGAACCCUCCGCCUGACGGGAGCCCUCCAGCGAAAAGAGCGGGGCCUGUCAAAAAUGGGCCUCUUCACACAAGUGACGAGUGGUCGGACGAGCGGCGAGCUAGUAUAGUGGAUAAAGUGUCAAUAUCAUCAACAAGUAACAUCUCAAGUAAGCCAAUAACAGUGAGUACUACCGCGUUAAGUAGAAGAGAACACCUCAUAGCUGAGGAGAUUCCUGGACCAGAGAGUUGUGUAUAGAAUAGUUAGUUAAAUUUCGGGUUACGUCACAGAGUAAUGUGGCAAUAUCCACCGUGAAGCGAAGCAUUUGAACAAAAAAAGAAACAUACAUACAGCCGAACGUA